UCUGUUACGUUAUUUGUAGUGUUGGUAGCGGUAAUUCAAAGUCAUUUUAAGCAGGGGAGCUUUAUAAAGCUUCACUCUGAGUGAAACUGUUAAAAUAAAUAUUCUCCCAGUUGAGUGUCUUUGAAUCACCACUCAUUGACUCAGGUCAUUGUCUACCAUCGUUUAUAGUGGUCUGUGGAAGUGGAGAAACCUAUUUGGAGAUGUGAAUGAAAGAAGAAAGAGGGGGCUUUAUCUAACCAUGUUAAAGAGGCCCUCAGUUAGAGGCUGAAAUAUACAACUCCCUCUUUAUUUCUUGUUUUAUUUUAGUUUCCAGUUAGGUUUCUCACUUUCUGGUGUUUUAUAUUUAUAGCAGGCAGAUUGUGUGAGUGUCACUUUCCUCAGGAGAAUGGAGAUGCCAGUGGCAGGACUCUGAAGCGAGAGAACCCACACAAGUACCUGCUUUAUAAGCCUACCUUCUCUCAGUUGAUGGUUUUCCUAGCAUCAGGCUUCAAGGAGCUGCCUGCCAAUGGUGCCAUGUUGUUGUACAUCUCUGCUGAUGGGGCAUUCACCAACUCAAAACACCCUCAGGAUCCUGGCUACGAUUAUGGAGGCGUGGUAACGAAUAGUAAGAGAGAUCCCGAGCACACUAACAAACGUGCGCUGCAACUCAAGGAUAUGCAUUGCUUCUACCCUGGCGACCUCUAUGCCUUUACUCGCAAGCCUCUCUUCAUUGUGGUCGACUCGGAUAACUCGCCAGUAUUUGCAAACAUGCCUCACUAUUUUGGCCAGCCUCUAGUUGUACUUAUGUCUGCACAGGACAUUCCGCCACAGUUCCAUGAUCAGCACCAUCGAGGGAACUUGUUCACACUGUUCCUGCACUCUCCAUUAAUGGGCAUGUGUUUAGUAAGCUCAUUAUGUGACGUUCCAAUGAAUUUGUGGGAGAAGUGUCAGACUCUAGUUGACAGAUUCAUCUCAGAAGCCUCCAGACUAGUCACUCGAGGAAGAAAUGUUGAUCCAUCUUUUCUUCAGUUUUUUGGUGACGACUUCCUAAGACUGUUGACGCUGAGGUUUAUUUUCUGCUCUACUGUUUUAAGAGCACACAGAGCUUUUAAGCAAGCCAGUGAAGGAGAAAGCAGUGAUGAAAAUGAGGAAGAUGUAGCAGUCUAAAUUAAGUUAAUUAUGCUUCUUAAAAAGCAUUUUUGAAAAUAUGAAUAUAUUGUUUGGUUUAUAUAAAUUAGAUUCAUUUAUAACCAUUAGAACUAUUGUAUCACUAUGAUAAAUUUCUUUAAUGUUAAGUAGUCAGUAAGCCAUUAAAUUAAGUCGGCCCAUAAUGCCUAAGCAUAAUAGCUCUCUCUGCACUGCAACCCAUAAUUGUAAAUGCA